GGUGCCGCCGUGCCCGGGCGGGGGCAUGAGGAGAGCGCGGGGAGCGGCGGCGGCAGCAGGCGGCCUCGCGGGGGUGAGCUGAGGCGGGCACGGGCUGAGGGGAGCCGCGCGGGGCCCGCGCCAUGUCCCUGCUCUGCGUGCGAGUGAAAAAAGCAAAACUCCAGGGGCCACCAGAUAAAUUUAAUACCUAUGUGACCUUGAAAGUGCAAAAUGUGAAGAGUACAACAGUUGCAGUGCGAGGCGACCAGCCCUGCUGGGAACAAGACUUCAUGUUUGAGAUCAGUCGGCUGGACCUGGGCCUGAUUGUUGAAGUAUGGAACAAAGGGCUGAUCUGGGACACUCUGGUCGGGACUGUGUGGAUUGCACUUAAGGCCAUCCGGCAGUCUGAGGAGGAAGGACCUGGAGAGUGGUCUACGCUGGAGGCAGAGGUCGUAAUGAAGCAUGAUGAGAUCUGUGGGACCAAAAAGCCAACUCCCCAUAAAAUUUUGCUGGAUACAAGAUUCGAGUUACCUUUUGAUAUCCCUGAGGAGGAAGCCAGAUAUUGGACCAAAAAACUAGAACAGAUAAACUCUUUGGGAGAUCGUGGUGAGUAUUCAUUUUCAGAAGAAGUCCAGAAGAAACCAUUGCCCACUGCUGCCUCCCAGUGUUCCUUGGAAGACCCUGAUAGUGCAGUGGAUGAUAGAGACAGUGACUACCGCAGUGAGACCAGCAACAGCAUUCCUCCUCCUUACCACACAAUCUCACAGCCCAACGCCUCUGUGCACCAGUUCACUGUGCCCUCUCGCCUGCAGCAGCAGGGUGUGUCUCGGGACUCCUGCAUGGACUCCAUGCAGAGCUAUGAUCUGGAUUACCGGGAACGUAUGGCCGUCAGGCGAUAUGAUAGCAUAGAUUCCACUGUGAGUGGCCGAUCUGACCUAGAAUCUGCAUCUGAGUCUAGUCAAAUGACAAGCCGCCAGUACUCGCUAGAAAGCAGGCAGUCUCUAGAUUUGUCCGAUAGUCCUGCUGGAAGUAGCAGGUAUGGCUCCUCAUGUAACGUCAGUCAGGGGAGCUCUCAGCUGAGUGAGCUGGACCAUUACCGUGAAAGCAUCCAUGGGUCUGAGCAAGAGGAUGAACACCGGGAAGGGGAAUCCAAUCAUUCCUGUCACAGCUCUGGCAGCUAUCAGAAGGAUGGCCAGGAAUGGCGCACUGAGCCGGAGGAACACCCUGAGCAUCACAGCGAAACAACAGAGAAGGAAAAGGUCUGUGUGAGAGAGGAGACAGCUGAAGAUCAUUCUGCAUCCAGAUUAACCUCACAACUUGAGAAGCCCAAGGAUAUCCCUGCAGGGCGGCCAGAGAGUUACCUUGAUGAAAAUGAACCCCCAGCAUUUUCUCCUGCAAGAGCUCGCUGGCUCCGAGCCAUUAACAAAAUACGAGUACGGCUUCAGGAGGGUCAAGAUGAUGAAGAUUCACCAAAACCACCUUGGUUCAAAGAAGGGCCUGCAGGUGGUCUCUAUGGCAUUGACAGCAUGCCUGAUCUACGCAAAAAGAAACCAAUUCCACUUGUCAGUGAUUUGUCACUGGUUCAGUCCAGGAAGGCUGGAAUUACCUCAGCAAUGGCCACUAGAACUUCUCUUAAGGAUGAGGAGCUGAAAUCUCAUGUAUAUAAGAAGACCCUGCAAGCCUUAAUUUACCCUAUCUCCUGCACAACCCCUCACAAUUUUGAGGUGUGGACAGCUACAACCCCUACAUAUUGCUAUGAGUGUGAAGGGCUCCUAUGGGGCAUUGCAAGGCAGGGUAUGCGCUGCACUGAAUGUGGGGUCAAAUGUCACGAGAAGUGCCAAGAUCUGCUCAAUGCUGAUUGCUUACAGAGAGCAGCAGAGAAGAGCUGUAAACAUGGAGCAGAGGAUCGGACCCAAAACAUCAUCAUGGCCAUGAAGGAUCGCAUGAAGAUUCGGGAACGGAACAAGCCAGAAAUCUUUGACUUGAUCAGAGAUGUUUUUAGUGAGAGCAAAUUAACACAUGCUCAGCAAAUGAAGACAGUGAAACAGAGCGUGCUGGAUGGCACCUCCAAAUGGUCAGCUAAAAUCACUAUCACCGUGGUUUGUGCUCAAGGUCUGCAGGCCAAGGACAAAACUGGAUCCAGUGAUCCAUAUGUGACGGUUCAAGUUGGCAAAACAAAGAAGAGAACUAAAACAAUUUUUGGGAAUCUGAAUCCUGUUUGGGAGGAGAAAUUCCACUUUGAGUGCCAUAACUCCUCGGAUCGGAUCAAAGUGCGCGUCUGGGAUGAGGAUGAUGACAUUAAAUCUCGUGUCAAGCAGAGGCUGAAACGUGAGUCGGACGAUUUCUUGGGUCAGACCAUCAUCGAAGUCCGCACAUUGAGUGGAGAGAUGGAUGUAUGGUACAAUCUUGAGAAAAGAACCGAUAAAUCUGCUGUAUCUGGUGCUAUACGCUUACAGAUCAAUGUGGAAAUAAAAGGAGAGGAGAAGGUGGCUCCGUAUCACAUUCAGUACACCUGCCUUCAUGAAAACCUCUUCCACUAUCUCACAGACAUUCAAGGGAGUGGGGUGGUGAAGAUCCCUGAUGCCAAAGGAGAUGAUGCCUGGAAGGUGUAUUUUGAUGAGACAGCCCAAGAAAUAGUGGAUGAAUUUGCAAUGCGUUAUGGUAUAGAAACAAUAUACCAGGCUAUGACGCACUUUGCAUGUCUGUCCUCCAAGUACAUGUGUCCAGGAGUGCCAGCUGUGAUGAGCACCUUACUGGCCAAUAUCAAUGCCUACUACGCACACACUACUGCAUCCACAAACGUGUCUGCUUCUGACCGCUUUGCAGCCUCAAACUUUGGGAAAGAAAGGUUUGUUAAACUGCUGGACCAGCUGCACAAUUCACUCCGUAUCGACCUCUCCAUGUAUAGGAACAAUUUCCCAGCCAGCAGCCCUGAGCGGUUACAGGACUUGAAAUCCACCGUGGACUUGCUGACCAGCAUCACGUUUUUCAGAAUGAAGGUUCAAGAACUACAGAGCCCACCUCGAGCCAGCCAAGUAGUGAAGGACUGUGUGAAGGCCUGUCUCAACUCAACCUAUGAAUACAUCUUCAACAAUUGCCAUGAACUGUAUAGUCGCGAGUACCAGACAGAUCCCAACAAAAAUCAGGACCUUCCUCCUGAGGAGCAAGGCCCCAGCAUCAGGAACUUGGAUUUCUGGCCUAAACUCAUCACUCUGAUAGUUUCCAUUAUAGAAGAGGAUAAAAAUUCAUAUACCCCUGUUCUGAACCAGUUUCCUCAGGAGCUCACUGUUGGGAAGGUCAGUGCUGAAGUCAUGUGGAACCUUUUUGCCCAGGAUAUGAAAUACGCCAUGGAAGACCAUGAGAAGCACAGACUGUGUAAAAGUGCAGACUAUAUGAAUUUGCACUUCAAGGUGAAAUGGCUGUACAACGAGUAUGUUCGCGAGCUGCCUGCCUUCAAGGGCAAAGUGCCCGACUAUCCAGCAUGGUUUGAGCAGUUUGUGAUGCAGUGGCUGGAUGAGAAUGAAGAUGUUUCCCUGGAAUUCCUGCAUGGAGCCCUGGAGAGAGAUAAGAAAGAUGGGUUCCAGCAAACAUCUGAGCAUGCUCUGUUCUCCUGCUCGGUGGUGGAUGUCUUCACACAGCUCAAUCAGAGCUUUGAGAUCAUUAAGAAGCUGGAGUGUCCGGACCCUGAGAUUGUUGCUCACUAUAUGAGGAGGUUUGCUAAGACAAUUGGGAAAGUGCUGAUGCAGUACGCUGACAUUCUCUCCAAGUGUUUCCAGUCCUACUGCUCCAAGGAGAAACUACCCUGCAUCCUGAUGAACAACAUUCAGCAGCUGAGAGUGCAGCUCGAGAAGAUGUUUGAGGCCAUGGGUGCUAAGGAGCUGGACCCAGAAGCAAGUGACAAUCUCAAAGAGCUCCAAGUGAAACUGAACAAUGUUUUGGAUGAGCUCAGUGUUGUGUUUGGUAACAGCUUUCAGAGCCGUAUUGAUGAGUGUGUCAAGCAGAUGUCAGAUAUACUCUGUCAAGUGAAAGGGACAGGAAAUAUCCCUGCAAAUGCCAGGAACACGGUGGCGCAAGACGCGGACAAUGUCCUGAGGCCAUUAAUGGACUUCCUGGAUGGAAACCUGACGCUCUUUGCCACGGUGUGUGAAAAGACCGUGCUGAAGCGGGUGCUGAAGGAGCUCUGGAGGGUGGUGAUGAACACCAUGGAGAAGCUCAUUGUGCUGCCUCCACUCACAGACCACACGGGUACGCAGUUGAUUUUCAGUGCUGCUAAGGAACUGGGACACUUGUCAAAGUUGAAGGAUCACAUGGUGAAGGAAGAAACUAGAAGUCUCACUCCAAAGCAGUGUGCGGUUCUGGACCUGGCUCUGGAUACUAUAAAACAAUAUUUCCAUGCUGGUGGGAACGGUCUAAAGAAAACCUUCUUGGAGAAGAGCCCAGACCUGCAGUCGCUCCGCUAUGCGCUGUCCCUCUACACUCAGACCACAGACACUCUCAUCAAAACCUUUGUCCAGACACAGACAGCUCAGGGUUCUGGUGUGGAUGAUCCAGUGGGUGAAGUGUCCAUACAGAUCGACCUGUAUACACACCCAGGAACUGGUGAACACAAGGUCACAGUGAAAGUUGUGGCAGCCAAUGACCUGAAAUGGCAAACAUCCGGCAUGUUCCGCCCAUUUGUUGAAGUCACUAUGAUUGGACCUCAUCAAAGCGACAAGAAAAGAAAGUUCACAACCAAAUCGAAGAGCAACAACUGGGCACCCAAAUACAACGAAACCUUUCACUUCAUACUGGGGAAUGAAGACGGCCCAGAUGCCUAUGAGCUCCAGGUCUGUGUGAAGGAUUACUGCUUUGCUCGGGAAGAUCGGGUCCUGGGGAUAGCUGUGAUGCAGCUCAGAGAGAUAGCGGACAAAGGAAGCUGUGCUUGCUGGUGCCCACUAGGGCGUAGGAUUCACAUGGACGAGACGGGGCUCACAGUCCUGAGGAUUCUCUCUCAACGAACCAAUGACGAAGUGGCCAGAGAGUUUGUAAAGUUGAAAUCGGAGUCCCGCUCCACAGAAGAAGGCACCUGAGCUGAGCUCUGAACAUUCCCGCUCUCGUUUUCCUUGUGCCAAUAUGUGCAAGUGUUCAACCAUUUUCUUUUACUAAUUACAAAAGGUUUUUCAGUUA